CCCUGGUUAGUUGAGCCAGAUUUAAUGUAGAUUUGAGUUUUAGAGAGAGAAUGAGUGUGUUGUAGAGAGAGAAUGAAUGAGUUUUAGAUAGAGAAAUGUGCAUCUGCUUCUGGGUCUGACCCAAUUAUCCUUUCCCUUUUGAUCUGCUCCAUGUCUUCCAACUGUUCGAAGAAAGUCCUCACUGAAAAUUACAUCUGAUUCAUUACAAUCAAGCAUACCUGGUGUAGUUGCUGACUCUAAUUUCCAAAGGGUUUCAUGGUUUUCUGUUUCUAAAGCUCGUAAAAUCCAGAUUUGAUGGAUAUAUAAUCUGUCAUCACUUAUCAUCCGUUAUUGUGGGAGUUUGUUUUCUUUUGAAAGAUGUCGUUUCGUAGCAUAGUUCGUGAUGUGAGAGACGGGUUUGGGAGUUUAUCGAGGCGUAGUUUCGAUGUAAGGCUGUCAGGGCUUCAUAGCAGAGGGAAAUCACAGGGUUCGAUUAAUGAUUUAAACGAUAACCAGACGUUAUUUGUGGUCCAAAACAGUAGGUGGGCUAAUCUCCCUCCGGAGCUUCUUUUUGAUGUGAUUAAGAGGUUAGAAGAGAGUGAAAGCACAUGGCCUGCAAGAAAACAUGUUGUUGCUUGUGCUGCGGUUUGUAAGUCGUGGAGGAGUAUGUGUAAGGAAAUUGUUCCAACUCCAGAAUCUUGUGGGAAACUUACUUUCCCAGUUUCUUUAAAGCAGCCCGGGCCACGCGAUGUUACUAUUCAAUGCUUUAUCAAGAGGGAUAAAUCGAACUUGACAUAUCAUCUUUAUCUGUGUCUUAGUCCAGCUGCUUUGCUAGUUGAAAAUGGGAAAUUCUUGCUGUCGGCAAAAAGAACUCGAAGAACUACUUGUACCGAAUACGUCAUCUCCAUGGAUGCUGAAAACAUUUCAAGAUCAAGCAACACUUAUAUCGGGAAGCUCAGAUCUAAUUUUCUCGGGACAAAGUUCAUAAUCUACGACACGCAGCCUCCACAUUCUGGUGCCAACCUUCCGCCACCGGGUCGAUCAAAGAGAUUUUAUUCCAAGAAAGUCUCACCAAAAGUGCCAAGUGGCAGCUACAACAUCGCCCACAUCACCUACGAGCUUAACGUGCUCGGCACGCGCGGCCCACGUAGGAUGCACUGUGUCAUGCACACGAUUCCCACCUCUGCCCUUGAACCAGGCGGCACCGUGCCAGGUCAGCCAGAAUUCCUCCUGCCGCCCCGCUCGUUGGAAGACUCUUUCCGUAGCAUGUCGUUUUCAAAGUCACUCGACCACUCAACCGAGUUCAGCAGUUCUAGAUUCUCCGAGAUCAUGGGAGCCGCCACAGCAACCGAUGUCCCCGAUAGUGAAAAGUCAAAAAUGCCCUUGGUCCUGAAAAACAAGUCGCCUAGGUGGCAUGAACAGUUGCAAUGCUGGUGUUUGAAUUUUAGGGGGCGUGUGACCAUUGCGUCAGUCAAGAACUUCCAGUUAGUCGCUGCCCCCCCAGUUGCGGGAACAUCUCAGCCACCGCCGGACCAUGAUAAGGUCAUAUUGCAGUUCGGGAAGGUCGGGAAAGACAUGUUCACCAUGGAUUAUCGGUAUCCAUUAUCUGCAUUUCAAGCGUUUGCAAUCUGUUUAAGCAGCUUUGACACUAAAUUAGCAUGUGAAUAGAAAAUCUAACAUUCUGUGUGUACCUUUUGAAAUCGAUAAUUUGAUCUGUAACUGUUUGUCUUGUUCACAACUGAAAGAUUCUUGUUGUUUUCAUUUAUAUGGUUUGGUGAUAUUCAAACUCAUAACCUUUAAGUUA